GCCCUCUACAGGGACGUCAUGCAGGAGAACUACGAGACGGUGACCUCGCUGGGAUUCCCCAUUCCCAAACCUGAACUGAUCGCCCGGCUGGAACGAGGGGAAGAGCCGUGGGUCCCAGAUCUCCAGGCCACGAAGGAAAGGGAGAGCCCGAGGGGCACCUGCACAGCAGGUGAUAGGACAGUGAGUGAGAACAAGGAGGAGAAUCAGCAGCAGGAAGGUCCUGGGAAAGUGGAACCGCAGGAGACGUUUUUGAGAAGAGCUGAAGGGAAUUUUUCCCAGGACUUGGAACAGGGAAAAGUCUGGGGAGAUCCACACAGAUCAGAGAUGCAGGUGGGAAAUUAUCCCAGGAGGAAACUGGAUGAAUCCAUUCAAUAUGGGACAACAUGCAAAGAUCCCAAGGAAACCACAGCCCAGCAGACAUAUCACAGGGAAGAGAAACCCUAUAAACACCUAGAGAGUAGGAAGAGAUUCAAUAUGAGUAGAAACCUUGUUACACUUCAGAGAAACCACUCAGGUGAGAAACCGUAUAAAUGCUUGGACUGUGGGAAAACCUUCAGUAAGAGCUCAGGCCUUGUUAAACAUGGCAGAAUGCACAUGGGGGAGCGACCUUAUAAAUGCCUGGACUGUGGGAAAACCUUCAUUCAGAGCUCAGAUCUUAUUAUACACCAGAGGCUGCACACAGGAGAGAGACCUUAUAAUUGCCUCGAGUGUGGGAAAAGAUUCAACGUGAGAUCAAACCUUAUUAAACAUCAGCAAAAACACACAGGAGGGAAACCCCAUAUUUGCAUGGAUUGCGGGAAAUGUUUCAGUCACAGCUCCUACCUUAUUACGCAUCAGAGACUGCACACGGGAGAGAGACCCUAUAAAUGUCUUGAGUGUGGGAAAAGCUUCAGUAACAGUGCACACCUUAUUAAACAUCGCCGAAUUCACACAGGAGAGAGACCCUAUAAAUGUCUUGAGUGCAGGAAAAGUUUCAAUCAGAGCUCACACCUUACUGUACAUCAGAGAACACACACAGGGCAAAAACCCCAUACAUGUUUGGACUGUGGGAAAAGUUUUAGUCAGAGAUCGGUCCUUCUUAGACAUCAGCGAAUCCAUACAGGAGAGAAACCCUAUACGUGUUUGGACUGUGGGAAAAGUUUUAGUCAGAGAUCAUCCCUUCUUACGCAUCAGAGAAUCCAUACGGGAGAGAAACCCCAUACUUGUUUGGACUGUGGGAAAAGAUUCAUUCAGAAAUCACACCUUACUACACAUCAGACAAUCCACGUGGGAGAGAAAACCCAUAAAUGUUUGGACUGUGGGAAAAGCUUCAGUAACAGUUCCUACCUCACUAAACACCGGAGAAUCCAUAAGAGUGGGAUACCCGCCCUCUACAGGGACGUCAUGCAGGAGAACUAUGAGACAGUGACCUCGCUGGGAUUUGCUGUUCCCAAACCUGACCUGAUCGCCCAACUGGAACGAGGGGAAGAGCCGUGGGUCCCGGAUCUCCAGGCCGCUGAGGAAAGGGAGAGCCAAAGAGGCACCCACACAGGCGAUGAGACAGUGAGUGAGAAUGAAGAGGAGAAUCAUCAAUCUGAAGGUCCUGAGCAAUUGGAACCCCUGGGGACCAUUAUUAAAACAGCUGAUGGAAAUUUUUCCCAGUGCUUGGAACAGGGGGAAGCCUGGGGAAAUUGGCACAGGUCAGCGAAGCAUCUGGGAAACCACCCAACGAAGAAAAGGAAUGAAUCCAUUGAACGUGGGGCAGGAUGCACAGAUCCUAAGGAAACUACAGCCCAGCAGACAAAUCCCAAGGAGGAGAAACUCUAUAAAUGCCUCGACUGUGGGAAAAGCUUCGGUGUGAGAACCAACCUUAUUACGCAUCAGAGAAACCACACGGGAGAGAAGCCCUAUAAAUGCUGGGAGUGUGGGAAAAGCUUCCAUCAGAGCUCAAGCCUCACUAAACAUCGGAGAAUCCACACGGGAGAGAGACCCUAUGAAUGCCUCGACUGCGGGAAAAGAUUCAGUGUGAGAACAAACCUUAUUACGCAUCAGAGACUGCACACGGGAGAGAAGCCCUAUAAAUGCUUGGACUGCGGGAAAAGCUUUAGUCAGAGCUCAAGCCUUACCAAUCAUCGGAGAAUCCACACAGGAGAGACACCCUAUAAAUGCCUUGACUGCGGGAAAAGUUUCAAGGUGAAAACCAAUCUGAUUACACAUCAGAGAAACCACACGGGAGAGAAACCCUACACGUGUUCGGACUGUGGGAAAAGCUUCAGCCAGAGCUCAAGCCUCACGAAACACUGGAGAGUCCACACGGGAGAGAGACCCCAUACGUGCCUAGUGUGUGGGAAAAGUUUUAGCGAGAGCUCAACACUUAUUAAGCAUGGGAGAGUCCAUACGCGGGAGAGUAACUCGAGUGUGGGAAGAGCUUGA